AUGGCCCCGGGCCAUGUCUUUUGGGCUAUCUUCUACUUCGCUUGCCUGUGCAGUGCAUCACUUGCCAACAAUGCCAAAGUUAACUUCCGCGAGAAGGAGAAGAAGAUUCUCGACCAGAUCCUGGGCGCCGGCAAGUACGACGCCCGCAUCCGCCCGUCGGGCAUCAACGGAACCGACGGUCCGGCCGUUGUUCGCGUCAACAUUUUUGUAAGAAGUAUUUCAAAAAUCGAUGAUGUGACUAUGGAGUACAGUGUGCAGCUCACGUUCCGUGAACAGUGGCUGGACGAACGAUUAAAGUUCGAUGACAUCGGAGGCCGCUUAAAGUACCUUACACUGACCGAAGCAAACCGUGUGUGGAUGCCUGACUUGUUCUUCUCGAACGAGAAGGAAGGUCACUUCCAUAACAUCAUUAUGCCGAACGUCUACAUCCGUAUCUUCCCGUACGGAUCGGUACUAUAUAGCAUACGUAUUUCACUCACGUUGGCCUGCCCGAUGAAUCUCAAGCUGUACCCACUGGAUCGUCAGGUGUGCUCGCUGCGUAUGGCAAGCUAUGGUUGGACGACGGCCGAUCUGGUGUUCCUGUGGAAGGAGGGCGACCCGGUGCAGGUGGUGAAGAACCUGCACCUGCCCCGCUUCACGCUGGAGAAGUUCCUGACCGACUACUGCAACAGCAAAACCAACACCGGCGAGUACAGCUGCCUGAAGGUGGACCUGCUGUUCAAGCGCGAGUUCUCGUACUACCUGAUCCAGAUCUACAUCCCCUGCUGCAUGCUGGUCAUCGUGUCCUGGGUGUCGUUCUGGCUCGACCAGGGCGCGGUUCCGGCCCGGGUCUCGCUCGGCGUCACCACGCUGCUCACGAUGGCCACGCAAACGUCCGGCAUCAACGCGUCCCUGCCGCCCGUCUCCUACACCAAGGCCAUCGACGUCUGGACCGGCGUCUGCCUGACGUUCGUGUUCGGCGCCCUGCUCGAGUUCGCCCUCGUCAACUACGCGUCCCGUUCAGCGGAUAGGGCUGCAGACAUGCACCGGGAGAACAUGAAGAAGAAGCGGCGCGAGAUGGAGCAGGCCAGCCUGGACGCGGCCUCCGACCUGCUGGACACCGACAGUAACGCCACCUUCGCGAUGAAACCGCUGGUGCGCCAUCCGGGCGACCCGUUGGCGCUGGAGAAGCUGCGCCAGUGCGAGGUCCACAUGCAGGCCCCGAAGCGGCCCAACUGUUGCCGCAGCUGGCUGUCCAAGUUCCCGACCAGCCCCUUGAAGAAGGUGCCAUGUCUGGGACGAGGGCAAUGUUCGCGCUCGAAGCGGAUCGACGUCAUCUCGCGGAUAACGUUCCCGCUCGUGUUCGCGCUCUUCAACCUGGUGUACUGGAGCACCUAUCUGUUCCGCGAGGAGGAGGAAGACUAG